UUCAAACUAAUAAAGAGUCCCGUUUCAUUAUAAAUAUUUUGAAAAAAUUGAAUUUGACCGUAAUUGCAUGCUGUGGCAACACUCACGUUGUAGCUAUAUGAUUUCGCAUUAGUUUUUAUUCAUAUUUGCGGGAUUACUGACUUUAAACAAGGUACUAAGCUAUGGCGGAUGGAAACUCAGCAGAAAAUGGAGCAUUGUCCGAUAUCACGAAAUCUGACACCUCUAUUGACACAAUAUCAAAGACCCCAUCUAUUGGACCUCCUGUGGAAACAGAAAUUAUUGAAGAACCACUUCCUUCCAUUGAAGAUGUUGUACUAAUUGAUCCAGAAUGUUUAGAAUUAGAUCUGAAUCAUCAUCGUAUUGAAAAGCUAGAGAAUUUUGAACCACUGAAAUGCAUUGAACGUCUUUACCUACGCUGGAAUCUUAUAAAGAAAAUUGAAAACCUCGACACAUUGACAACGCUCCAGGAACUAGAACUCUACGAUAACCAAAUCACUAAAAUUGAGAAUCUAGAUACAUUAGUAGAUCUAGAACAGUUAGACUUGAGCUUUAACCGUUUAACUAAGAUAGAAAAUGUAGAUAAAUUAGUUAAUUUGGAAAAGAUUUUCUUAUGUGCUAACAAGAUACAAGUUAUUGAAAACUUAGGCAUGUUAACUAAUUUGACUAUGCUGGAAUUGGGGGAUAACAAAAUUCGUAAAAUACAAAAUAUUGAAAUGCUGGUAAAUCUACGCCAACUAUACCUUGGCAAGAAUAAGAUAACUAAAAUUGAAAAUUUGGACACAUUGGUAAAUCUAGAAUGUUUAAGUUUACAAGCUAAUCGUAUUGUAAAAAUCGAGAAUUUGGAUAAGUUAGUUAAUUUGACUGAACUUUAUUUAUCGGAAAAUGGUAUAGAAAUAAUUGAAAAUUUAAAUUCAAAUACCAAUUUAGAAACUUUAGACUUGGCCAAAAAUAGAUUGAAAUCGAUAGACAACGUUGCCGAUUUAAAAGAACUGGAGGAAUUAUGGCUAAAUGAUAACAGUGUUUCCGACUGGAAAAAUAUUGAAAAUCUAAAAGAAAAUACAAAGCUUAAAACUAUUUACUUGGAACACAAUCCCGUAGCCACAGAUAAGAUGUAUCGCUUCAAGUUGCGUUCCAUUUUGCCAUGGCUUGAAAAAAUAGACGCCACUCUAUGUCGGUAAAAAUGCAUAUCUCAAUUUUCAUAUACUAAUAAAAUAACAUUCAAUAUGAAGAAAAUUGGAAACUAAAAAAAAAAUAUUUCUGAACCUAGUUUUAAUUUUUUGAAAACCUGACAGCAAAAAUUCAAAUACCAGAUUUUUCUAAUAUGUUCUAAAAUAUAUUCAUUACUUUACUGGUGAUCCGCGAAAGUGCAUUUUAAGCGUCUACCAUUUUCAAUGGAAAUUAGUCAUACCUGACCCUUACAUUCAAAUGUAUGCAUAGACCGCUGAAUUUGUUUCUAAUUUGGUGACUAACUCAUAGAUAAGUAUUUGUAAAGAUAAUAAACAACAUUUAAAUAAAGAUUUCGCAACAUAUACAAAGCAUAAUUGCAUGUUCUAAGAUCGUAAGUAGAAAUUUUUUUUCGAUGGCGCCUAGUGUUUUCUUGUCCUGACCAGGUGUGUGUAAAAGCUGUUUAUUGUAUGAUUUGAUGAACUACUUACACAAAAAAGCGCAAAUUUUAUCAUAAAUAACGACAACUGAUGAUUUAAAUAAAAAUAAUCUCUACGUGCUAUCGAAAGAUCGAAUAAAAUUUCAGAGAAGCAGAAUCCAAGGCGUGAGGACAAAAUAUCGAACUUUAAUUCGUCGUAAUUAUGAGAUAAAUACUAAUUAGUUCUACAUUAAUGCAUACAGUAUGCUAAUAUAAAAUUCGUUGUAUAUUUUUUUAUUUGAAUGUUUUCUUUUUUAUUAAAGUAAAUUAAAACAAAAUUUCUUAUAACUAA